UGGGUAUCAAAAAUAAGAGGGCAUGGGUUUAAGGUGAAAGGAAGGGGUUUUAAAGGGAAUUUGAAUGGAACAUUUUUUUACAGAGUGGUUGAUAUUGACCACUGCCAAUCAUUACAUUUAAUGGACUUUUGGACUGGCUGAGAGGAUACAGACCUAAUGUGAGCAAAAGGGAUGAGUGUAGAUGGACUAAAAGGAUAGCAUGGUGAUAGUGGGCUGAAGGGCCCUUUUCUGUGCUGUAGAACUCUAUGAUUCUGAAUACAUAGGACAUUGAGCCCUCCAGCACAAGGAGCAGGUGCUUUGGCCCACAAUGUCUGUGCCGAGCAUGAUGCCAAGAUGAACUCAUCUCAUCUGCCUGCAAAUGACCCAUAUUUCUCCAUCCCUAGCAUACAUCCACGUGCCUAUAUCAAAGCUUCCUAAACGCCAUUAUUGCAUAUCUACCACCACCACCAUCAGCCCUGGCAGUGUGCUCUUGGCUCCUUACCACCCUCUGUGUAUAAAACCUGCCAUGCACAUCUCCUUUAAACUUUGCCCCUCUCGUCUUAAAGCUAUGAAGCUUUACGUAGAUUGACAAAAUGGGUCUUAUCGCUUUUUAAAAUUCUCUCUGUAGAAUUUCUGCAGAAUUCUAUUGAAAGCAGAUGCUAAAAUGGCAUAGACCUGUGCUGGUGAUAGUUAUUAGUUACUGAUGCAUGGCAAGUAAAGGUCACUGUUGCAGAACCUGCGUACCAACGCGUGCAUGAAGUGAUAAACACAUUUCUCAAAGACAAGAUUUGGUUAAAAAUAUCUUCACGGCAAUAUAAACCCAACUCUCCAAACCCGUCUCCAUCCAGAAGUACAUCCAUUUGUCAUUUCUAUCCAAAGAGGCUGCUUAUUUUAGUAUACUUUCCAGGUAACAUGCUUGCAGUGUAACUGUUCAUUGAAUUAUAACUUUUCUAUUUAAUUUCGGUAAUACUGUGUUGAAAUGGGCCCUUUGGACCAACUUGCCCACGCCGUCCAACAUGUCCUAUCUACACUAGUCCCACCAGCCUAUGUUUGGCCCAUAUCCCUCUAAACCUGUCCUAUCCAUGUACAUCUCUAAAUGUUUCUUAAACGUUGCAAUAGUACCUGCCUCAACUACCUCCUCUGGCAGUUUGUUCCGUACACCCACCACCACCCACCAACUUGAAAAAGGUACUCCUCAGGUUCCUGUUAAAUCUAUUCCCCGUCACAUAAAACCUAUGGGGCCAAGGAAAGAGCGUUCACGUCACGGCCCUGUUUCCACCAAUCUUUCCACCACCCCCAACAAGAAGUGCAGGACAGACACCAUUGUAUGCAGAUGCCAAGAAGUGUGUUCAGCCCUGGUUGAACGUUGAAAUCUUGUGUGUAGACUCGAUAAGAAGAAGACCUAAAACAUAUGCCCUCUGGUUCUCAAUUCACCUACUCUGGGCAAAAGACCCUGAGCUUUUACCCAAACUAUUCCUCUCAUGAUUUUGCACGCCUCUGUAAGAGGUUAUAGGUAUUAACUUUUUCUCAAUUUCCUCCAUCAUUUAAAAAUUUCAUUUAGAUUACCUUUAAGGUACCAGGGCUUGAGGGCCUAAACUAUAUGCAGUGGUUGAGCAGGCUAGGACAUUAUUCCUUGGAGCGUAGGAGGAUGAGGAGUGAUCUUAUAGAGAUGUAAAAGUGCAUGAGCGGACUAGCUAGGGUAGAUACACAGUCUUCUACCCAGGGUAGGGGAAUCAAGAACCAGACGAUAUAGGUUUAAGUUGGGAUGGGGAAAGAUCUAAUAGGAAUCUGAGGGGCAACUUUUUCACACGGAGGGUGAAGGGAAUAUGGAACGAGCUGCCAGAGGAGAUAGUUAAGGAAUGCCAUAAGUUGAGGCACAAUACCUUAACUACGUUUAAAAGAUAUUUGGACAGGUACAUGGAUAGGAAAUGUUUAGAGGGAUAUGGGCCAAACGCGGGCAGGUGGGAUUAGUGUAGAUGGGGCAUGUUGGUCAGCAGGGGGGAAGUUGAGUUGAAGAGCCUGUUUUCAACUGUAUGACUAUAAAUGGCUUCCUUUCCAAAGAAUUCUUAACAUCUCCACUUAACGAGCUGAUGUCCAUAUUCACCAAGUUCGGUAUUGGUAUUAGUUUGUGUCGGAAGGAACUACAGAUGCUGGUUUAUACUGAAGAUGGACACAAAGUGCUGGAGUAACUCAGCUGAUCAGGCAGCAUCUGUGGAGAAAAAUGAGUUGUGAAGAAAAAGGUUGGAACGUUUUUCAGACUGCCAUCUGUCUAUGUGACAGUGCCUGUCAUUGGUAUUAGUUUGUUGUUUGAGUCCAGUGACUUUAGACCUUAGAGAUACAGUGCAUAAAUAGGCCUUUCGGCCCAUUGAGUCAGCGCCAACUAGCAAUCCUCGCACCAUUCUGCACACUAAGGACAAUUUAAAAUGUUACCCCUGAGGCCAAUUAAGCAACAAACCUGUACGUCUUUGGAGUGUGGGAGGAAACCAGAACACCCGGAGAAAACCCAUGCGGUCACAGGGGGAACAUACAAACUAUGCACAGACAGCACCCACAGUCAGGAUCGAACAUGGGUCUCUGGUGCUGAAAGGCAGCAACUGUGUCACCGUGCCGAUCUGUAGAGAAGUUAUUGGUUCAUUUUGCCAUUAUGAUUUUUCCUCUCUUAGGUCACAUUGCUACCAGCUGGGUGUCCAGGUGAAGUCAUGGAAUUUGCCUGCAGUCACAUUGUGUACAAGCCACAAAACACAACUUCCACAAAUGGCAGAAACAGACCCUGUGAUCAUGUUGAAAAUCAAACUUAUUCAGGCACAAACUUCAGAGCCUUUCCACCACAGACCCAAGGUAGUGUCCAUGAAUAUGACAACCGGUUCUUAGUAUCGUCUCCGGCUGGGAAGGAAUGUCUCUAUGCCACAGUGCCGAAGUCCGCACACAGGAGGAACCAGGCAAGGAUUCAAGGGCCUCCUAUUGUAGCCAGAAUGUUAUCGCUUCCAGAAGAUGAAGACAGCCAGGCACCUCCUCUGCCUCCACGCCUCAGUGAUGGGAAGCCUAACGUCUCCUCUGCGCAUCGACUCUGUACAAUGCUACCAGCCAAACCGUCUUCACAUUCCCGGGUCCCUCCACCUCGACCCAAGAGGAUUUCACCGCCCUCAAAGAACUUCACUUCCAAUGUGGAUGGGAAAGCCAAUAUAAAUGUGGUUUCCCUUAACUUGGGAAAGUUGGUGGAGAUCGAUAGUGUGCAAGCACAGAAUGUGGAAGCCGUUCACUGCCAAAACUGUUCAGCAGUCUUGUCCUGCAUCAGUCGGAUUCACCAACAACAUGCAGACAUAGUCUGGCCUUGCGAGUUCUGUAAAAAGCAUAACGUUGUCACUCGAUCCUUCAGAACAGUACCAAACAUUCAGGAUGUCGUAUAUAUCCCUGGGCCAAUCGAUGAUGACUACAUCAAUGUGGAUGACUCCUUGGUCAUUUUCUGUGUGGAUAUCUCGGGAAGUAUGUGUGUAACCCAUGAGGUCAAGGCUACCCACGGUUUCGGGACAGUUCAUAUAUCAAGGUUACAGAACGUUCAAGAAGCUAUCUUGACUUCUUUGAAGCACAUGACACAGACCUGUCCCCAGAAGCGGGUUGCCUUGGUGACAUUUAACGAUGAGGUAACCAUCUAUGGUGAUGGAACACAGAUGCCCACAAGACUGAGUAAUUAUCAGCUGUUGGAUUCAGACUUCCUAAAGGAAAAAGGCAGAGAUUAUCCCAGGCCAGAGUGCAUAGCAGAGAGCAUUCAAACACUAAGCUACAGGGUCCAAGAGAUGAAAGAGAAAGGUGCUACUGCCCUGGGUCCAGCUGCACUUGUAGCAGUGUCGAUGGCAUCAAUGAGUCCCGGCUCAAAGGUGAUCAUCUGUACAGAUGGGAAGGCAAAUAUAGGCCUGGGAUACUUGGAGAGCAUGGAGGAAGAUAUGCAUGCCUACUCCAAACAAUUCUACACCGAUUUAGGAGAGCAAGCAACUUUAAAUGGGGUGAUUGUAUCAAUUCUGACAAUAGAGGGCACUGACUGUAGAUUGGCAGAACUUGGAAACCUGGCAGAUCGGACAGGAGGAAGGGUCAACAUUGUCAAUCCAACUAAUUUGCCCAACGAGAUUCAAGCUACUUUGGAAGAUGAUGUGAUUGCGACUGAUGUUACUGUUACCUUUGUAGUCACUCAACAAAUGUAUUUCAGGUAUGAAGCGCAAACAGGAAAUAAGUUGGUGAAGCAAGUUGGAAAUGUUACCAAAGAUACGGAGAUGACAUUUGAAUUCGGAAUAAAGGAAUCCCACAUUCAAACUGUUCAGGAUAAUGAAAAACUGCCCUUCCAGCUGCAAGUGAACUUUACCACUCCUGAUAGAAGAAAGGCUUGUCGUAUCAUCAGUCUGGAGAAACGAAUCACAAACAACAGUUCCCUGGUUGAGGAGAGUGUGAACAUAACGGUGCUGGGAAUACAUGCAGCACAGCUCAGUGGUCGUCUGACGAUGGAGGGCCGAGUGAAAGAAGCUUGCAGCGAGAUGGCCGCACAGAAGGAGCUCAUCCAGAAGAUCGUUGAAAAGAAACAUAAUCAAGAAGAGGAAGAUAUUUAUCAGAACUGGCUGCGAUCAGUGGCAGUCGUGUGUGAGGACCUUGCCCAUUCUGAGGAGGUGGAAGGUGUGGCAAAAUCAAAAAAUUGUGAAGAAAAAAGUGAUUCUGUUUUCAAGAUAUUUUCCGAUGAGGUUGCAAGUACGAUUUAUCGUCUAAAGAAUGCAAGGAGUAAAAUGUUGAAGAAGCCGGGGCCUAAACAAGCAGCUCCUUCAUUGCCGACGACUUAAUCAGGGAGAUCGGAGAAAUGGAUCGGCUGAAAGUCUGUAAUGGAACUGCAAUUUUUAAUUCUUUGUAUUUUACAAAAUAUAACUGCCUGUAAAAAAAACUAAAAGAAUCCUCUUUUUAUUGUCCCGCUGAGUUACUUCAGACACUUUGUGUCUAUCUUCGAUAUACAGCAGCAUCACCAGUUCCUUCCUACAUACACUUAUUUUACAGGA